AAAAGAGAGAGAGAGAGAGAGGGAGAGAGAGAGAGAGAAUUCGUCGCGCGGCGCGGCGCGAGUGCAGUGCGCGCGGCGACAGUUCGCGGAGAGCAAUCUGAGCAAUUGGCUGCCACCGCGAUCGCGUUUACUCGCGCGGCCGCCGACGGCGGCGGCUUCGGGAAGCGGACAGGCAGCGGCGAGAGCCGACGACGGUCCCCCCCCAGGACACGGGCGACACCACGACGAUACGAUCGAUCCGUCAAAAGCCCGUGUGCACGGUGUAGUAGCGGCAGCACGCGCGAGACCGCCCGCCGGCGAUGGAGGCGAUGUGUUGCUCGUGACGUCACGGAGGAAUUCCUCCUUCGGUGCGUGCUCCUACCACUGCUGCUGGAGUAAACGGCCGCCGCGAGCACUUGUCAUCGUCGAAAGAGAGAGAGAGAGGAGAGACACGGACUCUCCUGGAGCGGAAAGAGCAAGAAGGAACGUACGCGAAAGAGAGAGAGAGAAAGAGAUAGAGUAAGGAGCCGGGGGACAGAGGGGAAGAGGAGGAGCGGCGUGGAGCGAGAACGUGGGCGUUGAGUGAUUGUUGUCGGUGCUAGUUUCCAUCGGGAGAGUCAUGAGAGACACGAGCGAUAUGAUGGAGGACGCCCUGUCGGAGGACACAAUGAUGGAUUGUGGAGGAGAUAGCGGAGAAGAUAGCGGAGGAUUGGAGGACUUCGUCAACUUAGCCACUGACAUCACGGAUAAUUCACAUACAAUACGAGAUGCCGCCGAACGAUUACUGACGUUGUUAGGCAUGGACGAAGACAAUGAGGACCUUCUGUCGUCGGAGGAGGAUGAAGGCGUUGAGGUGGACAUCGACGAGCUCGAGGAAGACGACGAGGAAACGGAUAAUACCAAAUUGCUGCAUCAACUCGCCGCCUCCCUAGCCCAGGAACUCAAAUACUCCCAGAAGCAAUCCUCGAGCAGCAGAGUGGCGUAUCAAGAUCAAAGUACAAUGCACAACGUGGAGAUGCUGCAGGAUACGAGUUAUCUCGGCCGCGGUUGCCUUCAGGACCAAGUGGACCAUCCGAAAACGUCGUCCGUUCGUCAGAAUAGUUUCGGUCAUGGUCUCUAUUUUCACGAAAGUCUCGAUGAGCAAAAUGCGAAUUUUACAAAGUUUACGAAUUUCGAGAACUUCCGUCAGGAGCCACACGGUCGAACCUUCGAUUCUUCGAGCUUAGAUCGUCGCCUGUGGGCGAACGACCCGACGCAGGCUGGAAAGCCCUUCGGCAGCCAGCAGGAGCAAAAUCCCGAUUCCUGGACGGCAGGAUGGGACGCUUGCGCCACCGAGGCUCUUCGGUAUCUCGUCGAGGACGAAGGUUUACCGCUUCAUCACCCUACGGUUAUCGCCAUGAAGAAUCACUUAGAUCUGCAAAGGGAGAGGGCGUUUACUCAAUACACCGGGUAUACGGACACCAAGUCGCAGGAUAUGAGCCUGGUUCUAGAUUGAUGAGGCUCCCAGCAUUAAGGUAGAGAGCGAUUAAAUUUAUUAUUUGUGCGACGUAUCUCGUUGAAGAACUUUCGAGGGAGAAAUCUGACUAGGGAACCUCGUGAAUCCGGAAAUUUAGAUUUAAACUUGGCAUAAAUGUACAUGUAGAAAAAAAUAUUUUUUUUAUGCUAAGAAAAGCGGUUUCUCGUUUUUCAGUUUUCUUUUUUUAAGUUACCGGUUAUUUUUGUAAAGAAUAUCUUUUUGAUAGUCUUAAAAUAUAAUACAUUCAUCGUUUACUUGAAACAAGUAAGAUUUACUUCAAAUAAAUUAUGUACAUACAGAAAAAUAUACUUGAUUUAAAUGAAUAUUACUUACUUUAAAUAAUUUACAAGUUUACAUAUUCAUGAAUCUAUUAUAAGGUUGUUAUAAGUAACAAAUCUAUGCAAAAUAUAUUCUAAAUCCUAGUAAUUUAAUACUUUAAUUAAUAAUUUUAAUUUAAAAUAAAAAUUUGAUUUAUUGUUUUGACUUUUUAUUAAUUGAAUUUUAUAUUAUUUUUCAAAAAAGUGCAAUUUCUUUUUUCAACAAUAUGAUCAUGAAUUUUUACUAAAGUUUAUGAUGAGUAUAUUUUUAAGAUUAUUAAUCAAGAAAAUAUUCUUUAUUAAAGAUAAUUGAUUAAUAAAGAUUGCAGCUUAUUAGAAGGAAAAAAAUAAAAUGAAAAAUCGCUUUUUUCGCAGUAGAAUAAAUAUUUUUCUGUGUAUAGGGAGGAUUAAUACACAUAAACUGCUUGAAAUGGUAAAAUCUGCAUAUUCUUUAAAAAUAAAAAGUUUUUUACUUUUUUUGAUAUAUUUUGUAAACUACACGAGAUAUUGAAACUUUUUUAUACAAAAAUUUUAUAAAAAUAUUCUUAUUUACCGACGUUAUUUAUUUUUCGAAAAAAUGUUAUUUUUAAACUCUGACUCUCUAUAUAACAGAUUAUCUAUUGCAUAAAAAUUCAGAUUUUAACGAAACUUGACGUAAAUAUAGGAGAGGACCUGAAUUUAGAAAUUUUCAGUACCGAUCCAAAAACGGUUUGGAGAGGUGAAAUCAUGCGAGGUUUCCUUGUGAGAUAAAUUAAUCUUAUUAUUUAAAGCGAGUAUAAGGACGUGGCGUGUUGUGAAAUCGUUUGCGCAAGGCACUCUUCGCUUUCUUACAUUUUUCUCCUUCGUUUUUUAAGAGUUUUAAUUUUCUUCAAUGAUAAAGAUUUAUUUCAUAUCAUCAAUAAUUUGAUAUUACUAUUAUCCGUCUGUCUUAAUUUUGCUAUUUUCCCAUAUUGCUAUAGAAAUGAUUAAUUCGAUAUCGUUUGAUAUACUUAUUAUAUUUUGUUGAAACAUUGCGCUGGUUGUUAAACAUAUGUUUCUAACUGAAGCGUCAGUUUGACGUUUGCUCGCAGGCGUUGCGAGUCAAUUUUUACCUUUCGACGAUUAUAAUUUCGAAUAAUGAGUGUUCAUACGCUGGAUCGAUAUGAACGCUUGCUUUUUGUAACAAAACGUUGAAAAUAUUUAAAUUCAAUGAACGAAUCAAGGAUUAAGAUUUCUCUUUUUCCAUUUUUGUUUUCAAAAAGAUAAUAGUUAAUUCGUAAUAAUAUUUCCCCAAGAAGAUGACUAUGGACAUCAUUAAAAGAAAAUAUUAGCAAUUAGAAUCAUCGAACUGUAGAGAAACGUCCGACAAAUCGCAACUAGAAUUAUUCUUAAAACAAAUUCCUAGGCUAGCCUAUCAUGACUAAAAAAGUGAUCAAAUACGAUAAGCGGGAUAACGGAGAAAAGAAAACGUUAAAUACUUGAUACACGAAAAAGGUGAGAUAAGCAUCGAUGAUCGCCGACAGAAUAUUACGGAAUAGUGUGUUUUCGGUUGUUAUCGACAGUGAUUUUUUUUUAAAUUACAUUUCUAAAGAUACUAGAAAAGUAACCAUAAUUAUUCAUAAAUUAUAUCUACAAUUUUUUUUCUUAUGGAACCGAUUUUUGGAAUUGCUUUGGAAUCUUCUGCCGGCGAUUAUGCGCGAAACGAUUUUUCAGUCGAAUCGUAUACGAAGAGAUUGGCUACAGUGUCGACAAUAGGAAAGAGAAACGUUUUAGCCCCGAAAAUAUUGUAUAUAAUUCGGAUUAGGCGAAGAGACGACGAGCGCUCAGAGAUUUAGAUAGGAACUUAUUCGGUCGUAGAUUAGCGAAUCUUUGUUUGUGAAAGAAAUUGCAGCAACGAGGUCUCACGCGGAGUCAUUCAAUUCAGACACCCUGAAAUGUGUUUUUCUAACUGAACCGGAUGCAAGUAGUAAAUUCACUUAUUAAAUAUAUUACGAGAAAAAUAGUUUUUAAUAUAUCGAUUUUUUCUUUUAAUUUCCAAUAUUUGAAAAUUUAUCUUCAAAGCAGUUCCUAUAUAUCAUAAUAUUUAUAAUUACUUGUAAGGAAAGAAUACUUACAUCAAAAAGUCGAGUGCUUAUAGAUUAAUAAUGUUAAUAAUAUUAUAAGAUGGGUGGUUUUGUAUUGAGCAAUGCGUUUAAGUGUGUGUACGCACGUCAGACAUCUCAACGGUCUGCGAAAGCUCAUCGUGAGAUCUCAGAAAUCCAUCUUGAUCAUCACUUAGAUCGUACGAUCGUCAUUCCUCGUGUAGAAGAAAUUGAUCGGGAUCAUCGUGCAUCGAUUACCGCGUCGAACGUUGAAUCGAUCCUACGUUAAUAAAAAAAGAAAAAGUAAUAAAAGCAAAAUGAAACGAGAUAAACGAGAAGUUGAUCAUCGCCAGUGAUUCAGGAUCGACGAUCGACCUCGAUCGUGCGUCACUUGUCGAGGAAUCAAAGAGACUUUACGUGAUCGAUCGCAUGCGGAGGGAUCGACGUACGACUGUGCGUGUGGUGGAUAUGGUGCGGAGAAAUUUUUAACAAAUGUUUUUCUCGCAUGAUUCCCUCUUUUUCUUUUUCUUUUUUUUACGGGAAGUAGUCGACAUUCUUCCCACGCGACCGAAUAUAGCAAGCUGUACAUAUGUAUAAUAUCGUUUUAACUUAUACACGACUAUUGUUACUUUUACAAUAAAGCUCUGUAGAUAACAUUGACCAGUAAAUAAACGACCGCUAAAUUAAUUAAGCCCGUCGUCUCGUUCUCGUCUUCCCAGCCCUCAAACUUAAACUCGGGCCGAAGCGUUCAACGGUCCCGACCGUUCAGUGCGUCGUCGUCGUCGUCGCGAGAAAUGUUACUUUUUAGGUACACAUCUCCUAGUUCAAUCGGAUGAAUCAAACCAGGGGCACGGCUCGCGAAGUCGAAAUUUCACCUAAAUCUUUUUGUUAUACCGAACAUUGUGCGUAUGUCGCGUUCACAUGAUGAUGCAAAUGUAACAUUUUUAUAAUAAAAUGGCAAGUUUUUAAUAAGA